AUGGCCAACCUCCUGAAAACAGUGGUGACCAGCUGCUCGUGCCCUCUACUUAGCAACUUGGGGUCCUGUAAGGUUGUGCCUGGGAAGAAGGAGUUUUUACGAACAUUUCAUACGCAUCAGGCACUGUGGUGUAAAUCCCCCGCAAAACCAGGAAUUCCAUAUAAGCAACUGACUGUUGGAAUCCCCAAGGAAAUUUUCCAAAAUGAGAAGCGAGUGGCAUUGUCUCCUGCAGGCGUUCAGGCCUUGGUCAAGCAGGGCUUCAAUGUUGUCGUGGAAUCGGGCGCUGGCGAGGCGUCCAAGUUCUCCGAUGAUCACUACAGAGCAGCAGGUGCCCAGAUCCAAGGAACAAAGGAAGUGCUGGCCUCAGAUCUGGUGGUCAAAGUGCGGGCCCCCAUGCUUAAUCCAACAUUAGAUAUUCAUGAAGCCGACCUUUUAAAGACUUCGGGAACACUGAUUAGCUUCAUUUAUCCAGCCCAAAAUCCAGACUUGCUAGAUAAACUUUCCAAAAGGCAAACGACAGUUUUGGCGAUGGACCAGGUUCCAAGAGUCACGAUUGCUCAGGGAUAUGACGCGCUGAGCUCCAUGGCCAACAUUGCUGGUUACAAGGCCGUUGUACUAGCAGCAAAUCACUUUGGACGGUUUUUUACUGGUCAGAUCACGGCUGCCGGAAAGGUCCCUCCAGCUAAGAUUCUGAUAGUUGGUGGUGGCGUUGCUGGGCUUGCCUCUGCAGGUGCAGCCAAGUCCAUGGGGGCCAUUGUUCGAGGAUUCGACACGAGGGCCGCGGCCUUGGAGCAGUUCAAGUCUCUCGGUGCCGAGCCCUUGGAGGUGGACUUGAAGGAGUCGGGCGAGGGCCAAGGCGGGUACGCAAAGGAGAUGUCCAAGGAGUUCAUCGAGGCUGAAAUGAAGCUGUUCGCCCAGCAGUGCAAGGAGGUGGAUAUUCUCAUCAGCACCGCCCUCAUCCCAGGUAAAAAAGCUCCGGUUUUAUUUAGUAGAGAAAUGAUCGAGUCAAUGAAGGAAGGUUCAGUUGUUGUGGAUUUAGCUGCAGAGGCUGGUGGAAACUUUGAAACCACGAAGCCAGGAGAACUGUAUGUUCAUAAGGGAGUUACUCAUAUAGGCUACACAGACCUCCCCAGUCGAAUGGCCACGCAGGCCAGCACCCUGUAUUCCAACAACAUCACCAAGCUCCUGAAGGCCAUCAGCCCUGACAAAGAUAACUUUUACUUUGAAGUGAAAGAUGACUUUGACUUUGGUACAAUGGGCCACGUCAUUAGAGGAACUGUUGUGAUGAAGGAUGGCGAAGUGAUUUUCCCCGCUCCCACACCGAAAAACAUUCCUCAAGGCGCCCCAGAGAAGCCGAAGACAGUGGCUGAGCUGGAAGCUGAAAAAGCAGCGACAGUCACGCCCUUCAGGAAAACGAUGACCACGGCUUCGGCGUACACCGCAGGUCUCACCGGGAUUCUGGGCUUGGGCCUCUCAGCUCCCAAUUUAGCCUUUUCCCAGAUGGUGACCACGUUCGGCUUGGCCGGCAUUGUGGGCUACCACACCGUCUGGGGAGUGACGCCUGCCCUCCACUCGCCACUGAUGUCCGUGACGAAUGCCAUCUCAGGGUUGACUGCAGUUGGUGGGCUGGCGCUGAUGGGCGGGCAUUUGUACCCUUCCACCACGGCUCAGAGCCUUGCUGCUCUUGCUACCUUCAUAUCCUCGGUCAAUAUCGCAGGUGGCUUUCUGGUGACUCAGAGGAUGCUGGACAUGUUUAAGCGCCCCACUGACCCCCCGGAAUACAACUACCUGUAUCUGCUCCCUGCUGGUACCUUUGUUGGAGGAUAUUUAGCUGCCCUCUCCAGCGGUUAUAACAUUGAACAAAUCAUGUACCUGGGCUCAGGUCUGUGCUGUGUUGGUGCCCUGGCCGGCCUUUCCACCCAGGGAACUGCUCGUCUUGGCAAUGCAUUGGGCAUGAUCGGCGUGGCUGGAGGCCUGGCAGCCACCCUUGGAGGCCUGAACCCGAGCCCGGAAUUGUUGGCUCAGAUGUCGGGAGCCAUGGCUUUGGGCGGCACCAUUGGAUUGACAAUUGCCAAACGCAUCCAGAUUUCAGAUUUACCUCAGUUAGUGGCUGCUUUCCACAGUCUGGUGGGCUUGGCGGCGGUGCUGACCUGCGUAGCUGAGUACAUUGUGGAGUAUCCGCAUUUCGCUACAGACGUAGCGGCAAACCUCACCAAGAUCGUGGCCUACCUCGGGACUUACAUCGGCGGAGUCACCUUCAGCGGCUCCCUUAUUGCCUACGGAAAGCUGCAGGGCAUCCUGAACUCCGCGCCCCUCCUGCUGCCCGGGCGGCACAUGCUCAACGCGGGCCUGCUGACGGCCAGCUUGGGUGGGAUCAUCCCCUACAUGCUGGACCCCAGCUUCAGCACGGGCAUCCUCUGCCUGGGCUCCGUGUCGGCGCUCUCUGCGAUCAUGGGCGUGACCUUGACGGCUGCCAUCGGGGGUGCGGACAUGCCCGUGGUCAUCACCGUGCUGAACAGCUACUCCGGCUGGGCCCUGUGCGCCGAGGGCUUCCUGCUCAACAACAACCUGCUGACCAUCGUGGGCGCGCUCAUCGGCUCCUCUGGGGCCAUCCUGUCCUACAUCAUGUGUGUGGCAAUGAAUCGCUCCCUGGCGAAUGUGAUUCUUGGAGGCUAUGGUACCACGUCAACAGCGGGUGGAAAACCCAUGGAGAUUUCUGGCACACAUACAGAAAUCAACCUGGAGAAUGCCAUCGACAUGAUUCGAGAAGCUAGCAGUAUUAUUAUUACUCCAGGCUACGGACUGUGUGCGGCCAAAGCGCAGUACCCCAUCGCCGACCUGGUGAAGAUGCUCACGGAGCAGGGCAAGAAAGUCAGGUUUGGAAUUCACCCAGUUGCAGGCCGGAUGCCUGGCCAGCUUAAUGUGCUGCUGGCUGAAGCUGGGGUGCCAUAUGAUAUUGUGUUGGAAAUGGACGAGAUCAACGAGGACUUCCCAGACACUGAUUUGGUCCUUGUCAUUGGAGCUAAUGACACUGUCAAUUCAGCAGCUCAAGAAGACCCCAACUCUAUUAUUGCAGGCAUGCCGGUUCUCGAGGUCUGGAAGUCAAAGCAGGUCAUUGUUAUGAAGAGGUCCCUGGGCGUUGGCUAUGCAGCAGUGGACAAUCCAAUCUUCUACAAACCCAACACGGCCAUGCUGCUCGGCGAUGCCAAGAAGACCUGUGAUGCACUGCAGGCGAAAGUUCGAGAAUCCUACCAGAAGUAAACUUCAAGCUGCUGUCUAGCAGCAGGGGAACUUAUGGGAACAGGCAACGGAAGUAUCAAUGUAGACAGACAGCCGAUGCACAUCUGUAGCAAACAAAGCUCCUGCACGGGAAGGAAGACCCCGAAGAAAGCAAAGCAAUUGCCGGGAGAUUUUUCAAGAGCAUAUUUAAAAAAGGAUUGAAAAAAUUCUACAUGUCUUUCUGUGCAUUUCUUUUUGGUGUUAUAAAUCAAAAGUAUUUUAUAAAAGGAGAAAGAACAGCCUCAUUUUCAAUGUAAUCCUUUUGGAUUUUUUAAAAUUCCUGCUCAGUAGCCAAUAACGUUUUAAGAAAUUAAGCCUAGGAUUUGAAGACUUAACCAAAAACAUAGAUCUGAAAAAUCUGACGCAGUGUAAACAUUACAGGCACCUGCGUCAAUGGUUUUUCCAACAAAUGUGACUAAUUUGAAACUUUCAUCAACUCCGGAGCUGACCUCUGACCUUCAACUGUCAUCUGAAUCAACCAUAUCAAAUUGGGUUUGGUUUUUCAGACUUUAAUUUCAAUUGUAGAUUUCAGGGGUGUAUUUUCUCACUUCUAUUUUAAUAUGUUAAAAGACUAGGUAACCUUCCAGAGAUGCUGGAAACAGUUAAGCCAUUUGCUUUGUAUGUUUCAUUAGGAUACCAAUGAAACAUAAUGUGAAAUCAGUAUUAGUUGUAUUUUUUAAAACCCCAUUUCUAAUCGGAGAUCUCUUUAAUUUCAAUCAAUUUAUAAUGUGUAGUACUGUACUAAGUGCACUUGAAUGGAAUUCAACUAUUUGCCUAAUAAAAUGAGUUCAUUAUGUUUGCA